AUUACUUGGCGCUUGUCGACCUUUCCAUCUUACUUCUACGUGGUCCAGUCCAGAGUACAUCGCUUGGACGUGCCGCCGCCGUUCUUCAUUUAUAUACUGUAAUGACCUCCAUCGCGGUCAAUUCCCUGGACAUCGCUGGGGCUACACUUCAUGCAACGAUUCCAUGGUACACCCAUAUCUACACGAUUCCAUUCCUAUGUCUCUAUCCCCUUCUGGCGUACGCCUACUACGUCAAGUACGACCAAUGGCUCGUGAGUGAAGAAUGGACGUUUUUGGCAUGUGUUUCUUUGGGUGCGGGGCAUGCUUUAAGUUUUCUUGUUACAAAAUGGAGCACGGGAGCGAGGGCCUUGAUAACGACCAGAAAGGCAUCAACGUUGGCCGAUGCUGACUGCAUACGCAUCAUUCCCCAUGCACACCGUGGAAAGGGUGACAUCGUUCCUCUGCACAAGAAGGAUCCACAGGAUGUCUAUACUUACACAUUCAGUUACCAGCGGGACACAUAUAAUAUCUGCUCAAUGUCGCCUUUGACUUUCAAGCGGCUGCCCUAUCCAUCUUCAAGCAAACCACCUUUGUCGACGUUUCUGACACCUACCGGCCUAUCAUCGAAGAAAUUAGAGUCGCUGCAGUCACUUUACGGUGGCAAUGAAUUCGACAUUCCAAUUCCUUCGUUUACGGAGCUGUUCGGUGAACACGCGACGGCACCCUUCUUUGUCUUCCAAGUCUUUUGUGUCGCACUCUGGUGUCUGGAUGAAUAUUGGUACUACAGUCUUUUCACGCUGUUCAUGCUGGUGGUAUUUGAGUGUACCGUGGUUUGGCAGCGAGUGCGGACCUUGUCUGAGUUCAGGACGAUGUCAGUUAUCCCUUAUCCGGUCCAGUGCUAUCGCGACGGGAAAUGGUCCGAGAUACAAACCGAUAAAUUACUUCCUGGCGAUGUGGUUUCUGUUGCCCGCCAGCAAACGGAAACAACAAUCCCUGCUGAUAUUCUUCUCGUGCAUGGUACCUGCAUUGUCAAUGAGGCCAUGCUCUCUGGGGAAUCGACUCCAUUACUCAAGGAAUCCAUCCAACUUCUGGAUGCCACGGAGAACCUAGAUGUUGACGGCAACCACAAAAACGCCGUCUUAUUCAGUGGUACCAAGAUUCUUCAAGCCACGCCUAGCGUACAACUGGAAUCACCUAUCACGACACCGGACAACGGGUGUCUUGGCAUCGUCCUUCGCACUGGGUUCGGAACAUCACAAGGACAACUUGUGCGAACCAUGAUAUUUUCAACAGACCGCGUGUCUGCAAACAACUUGGAGUCUUUCUUGUUCAUCGGGUUCCUUCUCAUUUUUGCUAUUGCCGCAAGUUGGUAUGUAUGGGUGAAAGGUAUUGAAAGAGACCUCAAGAAGUCAAAGCUUUUGCUAGACUGUGUACUCAUUAUCACCAGCGUGGUGCCUCCAGAAUUGCCUAUGGAGUUGUCUCUUGCCGUAAAUACAUCUCUGGUCGCGCUUUCCAAAUUCGCCAUUUUCUGCACAGAGCCAUUCCGGAUACCUGCAGCUGGUCGAAUUGAUGUGUGUUGCUUUGAUAAAACUGGUACCAUUACGGCCGAAAAUUUGGUUUUGGAGGGUAUUGUUGGCGUGGAUUUACAUGACGCCAAGAAACUCAUAAGUGUGAAAGAAGCCUCCAGAGAAACAAUUCUCUGCUUAGCUGCCGCCCAUGCUCUGGUUAGGUUGGAUGAUGGCACUAUCGUCGGUGAUCCCAUGGAGAAGACGACACUUGAAGCACUAGCGUGGGACCUCGGCAAAGGCAAUGUCGUGGGACCUUCGGGCUCUGGAAAUAAACAACACUUAAUAAUUCGUCGGCGAUUCCAGUUUUCUUCCGCUCUCAAGCGCAUGUCGACUUUGUCCAGCCUUCCUGGAGGUAAAACUUUGGCUGCGGUCAAAGGCGCUCCUGAAACGAUCAAGACCAUGCUUUCUUCUGUUCCUGAUCAUUAUGAUGACACGUAUAAAUGGUUUACAAGGAACGGAAGCCGUGUUUUGGCGCUUGGAAUGAAGGAGAUGGAGCCGAUGUCGGUGGAUAAGAUUAACAAAUUUCCUCGGGAGCAAGUUGAACGUAAUCUCAUCUUUGCCGGUUUCUUGGUCUUCCAUUGUCCUCUGAAAUCCGACGCGAUUGAUGUGCUCAAGAUGCUGGCAGAUUCGUCUCACCGCUGCGUUAUGAUCACUGGUGACAACCCUUUGACGGCAGUCCAUGUUGCCAGGGACGUUGAAAUUGUUGACCGUGAGGCUCUUAUUCUUGAUCUGAAGGAAGACGCCGUACAUGAAGCUGACCUUGUAUGGCGUACCGUUGAUGAAAGCAAAAUCAUCCCGGUUAAUCCCGAAGAGCCAAUCGAUAUAUCCCUGUUUGAAGAGUACGAUAUCUGCAUCACAGGAGCUGCUAUGAAGCAAUACGAGAACCGGCCUACUUGGAAGGAUCUCGUGCAGAAUACAUGGGUUUACGCCCGUGUGUCACCUGCCCAAAAGGAAUACAUUCUCACGACGCUCAAGACCUUGGGAUACAUCACUCUCAUGGCUGGUGAUGGUACGAACGAUGUUGGCGCGCUGAAACAGGCGCAUGUGGGUGUGGCUUUGUUGGAUGGGACGCCUGAAGAUCUACAGAAAAUUGCGGAACAUCAGAAGUUCGAACGUAUCAAGAAGGUCUAUGAGAGCCAGUUGAAGAUAUCUGCGAGGUUCAACCAGCCGCCUCCGCCUGUGCCGCCUGCUAUUGCGCAUCUUUUCCCUGACGCCGUUCAGGCUCAGCAACAGGCUGCGGCUGAUUUACAGGUUGCUCGGAAGAGAAAUCCUAUGGAAAAGUUCGAUUUAGCCGGCAUCACGGACAAGCUCGCAGAAAUGGAGGGUGAAGAUGACGUUCCUAAGAUUAAACUCGGUGAUGCUUCUUGUGCAGCACCGUUCACGUCGAAGCUAUCUCAUGUAGCAGCCAUCGCGCAUAUCAUUCGACAAGGUCGUUGCACCCUUGUUGCGACCAUCCAGAUGUACAAGAUUCUAGCACUGAACUGUCUGAUCACCGCAUACAGUUUAAGUGUCCAAUACCUGGACGGAAUUAAAUACGGUGACUAUCAAGUUACAAUCACGGGUAUGUUGAUGUCGGUCUGCUUCCUCUGUAUAUCUCGUGCUAAGCCGGUGGAUAAACUAUCCCGCGAGCGUCCAUUGGGCAAUAUCUUCAAUUUCUAUGUUCUGUUGUCUAUCCUUCUCCAAUUCGCAUUGCAUAUAGCAACACUUGUCUAUAUCACAGAAUUGUCGCGUGUCUUUGAAGAGCGUGGUCCCAUCGACCUCGAGGCUAAAUUUGAGCCAAGCCUUUUGAACACUGCCAUCUACCUCUUGGGUCUAUCGCAGCAAGUCUCUACGUUUGCCAUUAACUUCCAGGGUCGUCCUUUCCGCGAAGGCAUCAGCGAAAACAACGCGUUGUGGUGGGGACUCGUUUCCGCAAGCGCUGUCGCAUUCUGCGGUGCUACUGACUUCAUGCCUGAAUUGAACCGAUGGCUCCAGAUCGUGGAGAUGGAGACUUCUUUUAAGGUCAGAUUGACUACAAGCAUGAUUGUUGACUUUGCUGGAUGCUGGGUCAUUGAGGUUGUGUGCAAGUACUUGUUUGCUGACCUCGGACCCAAGAAGAUGGUGACGCGUGGACGGGAGAGGCGGGAAAAACGCCGGGUUCAGCAAGAAGCGGACAAAGCUAAUGGUAUCGCGGAGUCCGAGGCUAAGAAAAACGUGUAAAUUCUGCCUUGAGGAUAGAUACGAUACGAUGUUUAUUAGAAAUACUACAUAGGUGCGACUAGUGUGGCAAUAAUACUAGAUGUAGGCAUAAUUGCAGAUAUGCCCUUCGCAUCCCCGCCUUAAUCACUAGAACAGACGGCGGUUUCGAAAUUCUAUAAACACGAUCAAAGCUUCUGUCAAAAUCUAUCUCAGUUUGUUCG